AUGGUGGAAGAGCUGGGCCUGCCCUGCACCAAUUGCAGUACUCAAAAGAGUGGGCCUCACACCUUGGCUGAGCAACACAGCAGAGAUGACCCUGGUGAUGUGAGUGAGCUGCCCCCUCCCCCAGGGCAUGAGAACAGUACAACUGGCUCUGCCCUUGCUGCCUGCUGCAUCAGAGCUAGCCGGGGCAAUGCUGGAGAAAUCACCCUGGUGGUUGACCCCCAAGAGGGAUGUGAAGUGAACUUGGUGUUUAGCACAGAGCGCUACAACCCGGAGGAGGAAGACGAAGAACAUCUGGGCAAAUGUUCUGCAAGGGUAUUUUUCAAGAAUCAAAAACCCAAACCAGCCAUUAAUGUCACCUGCAUGGGGCUCACUGAGAAAAUGAAGAGACAAGCAAGAGAUUAUCUGCUUUACAAGCAACUGAAGCAAUUGAAGAAUCCUCUGGACGUCAUCCGCAUACCUGAUAGUCAUGGACAGAUUGAUCCCUCACUGAGACCCCUCUGGGACCUGGCUUUUCUCGGCAGCUCCUAUGUGAUGUGGGAAAAGACAACACAGUUUCUGAACUACUACUUGAUCCAGAUCAGUAGCGUGAAGCAGUUGAAAACUAAUGAUGAUGGCAUUGACUUUGAUUUCACUGUUCUACUUCAUGAAUUUUCAACACAGGAAAUCAUUCCCUGUAGGAUCCACUUGUUCUGGUACCCUGGCAAACCAUUAAAAGUACAGUACCACUGUCAAGAGCUGCAGAGCCCAGAAGAAGCCUCCGGAACUGAUGAAGCGUCAGCCAUGGCACCAACAGAGCUCAGUAAUUUCUAAAGAGAAAAAGACUUGCUUCUACUGUACUCCAAACAAGACGACUCCACUGGCUUACUUCAUCACUGCUGUAUAAAAGCAAA